CCUACACCACGGGCACACAAACACACGCAGCGUACCAGUCAUAGGGGGCAAGCGGCAUCGGCAUUGGCGCUGUGUUUUAUACGCGACGCGAUUCUGUUGGCGUGCAGACGUCUUUACGGUAAAUGGACAUUUCUGCACAUGGCAUGACUCAUGCAACACUGCCCAUACAAAUAAGCAGGAACAAUGAAAAAUAAUCAAAAGUAUGCAAAACUGCCCCAAGAUUUGGAUCUAAGCUUUCAAAGUGAUUUAGACUUGCUGCCGGACACAGCAGCCGAUAUCGAUGUCGAUGAGUUCAAUGCGAGUGGAACGCCACCUGCUGGUUUAAUACUAAACGACGACGACGUCGACGCCGGCGACGACGACGACGACGACGACGAAGACGACGAAAUUGUCAUUGCAGCGCAGGUUGUGGGCGGCAGCGACGGCAGCGGCGGUGGCGGGGGCCUGCGUUUAGCCACACGUAAGCAGCGUAGACAGCGCAAGCAGCAAUACGAGCAGAAAUUAUACAACAAUAAGAACAAGAUCUGCGGACUGGGCAGUGACAGUGUUAUCGAGACGGGUCUAACCCUUACACCCGAAAUGCUGCUCUCCACCUCCGAGUCAUCCACGCACAGCGCCUCCGAGGUAGCCGGACGCUUGCAGGUAGAUGUGCGGACCGGCUUGAAAUGGACAGAGGCAAAAUAUCGCGCCAAGAUCAUCGGCCACAAUGAGCUCAAUGUCAUCGAGGAGGAUCCGACUUGGAAGAAGUACAUCGAGCAGUUUAGGAAUCCUCUAAUCCUACUGCUGCUCGGCUCCGCUCUCGUCUCGGUGAUCAUGAAACAGUUUGACGAUGCCGUCAGCAUAACCAUAGCGAUUCUCAUUGUGGUUACGGUCGCCUUCAUCCAGGAGUAUCGUUCCGAGAAGAGUCUGGAGGAGCUGAAGAAGCUGGUGCCACCAGAGUGCCAUUGCCUGCGCGAGGGACGCCUCGACACAUUCCUCGCACGCGAACUGGUGCCCGGCGAUGUGGUCUAUCUCAAUGUGGGCGAUCGUGUGCCCGCCGAUGUGCGUCUCUUCGAGGCAGUCGAUCUCUCCAUUGACGAGAGCAGCUUUACCGGUGAAACGGAGCCGGCACGCAAGAUCACCGACGUGCUGCUAAACAAUACUAACGUCAAGGAUCACAGCAACAUGAAGAACAUUGCCUUUAUGGGCACCCUGGUCCGAUGUGGCAAUGGCAAGGGCAUUGUGGUCAGCACGGGCGAGCGCAGCGAAUUCGGUGAGGUCUUCAAGAUGAUGCAGGCCGAGGAGGCGCCCAAGACCCCUCUGCAAAAGUCGAUGGACAUACUAGGCGCUCAGCUGAGCUUCUACUCCUUUCUCAUUAUUGGCGUCAUCAUGCUGCUCGGCUGGCUACAGGGCAAACCUCUCUCGGAGAUGUUCAACAUCAGCGUCUCGUUGGCCGUUGCCGCCAUACCCGAAGGUCUGCCCAUUGUGGUGACUGUCACCCUGGCACUGGGCGUCAUGCGCAUGGCCAAGCGCAACGCGAUUGUCAAGAAGCUGCCCACCGUGGAGACAUUGGGCUGUGUCAAUGUCAUUUGCUCGGACAAGACCGGCACGCUGACCAAAAACGAAAUGACGGCCACAAUUAUCAUUACUUCGGACGGGUACAUGGCGGACGUGACUGGUGCCGGCUAUAAUGACCAGGGGGAGAUACACAUUCGUCACUGCAACAACGUGGAAAUGGCCAAGACGAAUAUUACGAAUCUCCUAGAGAUUGGCGCCGUUUGCAACAAUGCCUACAUACAGAACGGCACGCUCCUGGGACAGCCGACAGAGGGUGCUCUCGUUGCCGUUGCCAUGAAGAAUGGCAUGUAUGCCACGGCCGAGAACUAUGUGCGCAUCCAGGAGUAUCCCUUCAGCUCGGAGCAAAAGAUGAUGGCCGUCAAAUGCAUACACAAAUACAACAACAACAAGGAGGAAAUCUUCUUUGCCAAGGGCGCACUCGAAAUGCUGCUACCCCAAUGCACCAAAUAUCAAUUUGGCACCCAAACCGUGCCCCUCACCAAGCAGAACGAGGCCGAGUUCCUGGCCGAGGCCUAUGAAAUUGGACGCAAAGGCUUACGCGUGCUGGCCCUGGCCAAAGGCAGAUCCAUGCAGGACUUGAUCUAUUGCGGCUUGGUCGGCAUCACCGAUCCGCCGCGACCCCUCGUCCGGGAGUCCAUUGAGAUGCUGAUGCAGAGCGGCGUUCGUGUCAAGAUGGUCACUGGCGAUGCCCAGGAGACGGCAAUGGCUAUUGCAAGCCUGAUUGGCAUUGAUACCAUACAUCACCAGACCCUAUCUGGCCAGGAAAUGGAUCAAUUAAACGAGCAUCAACUCGACAAGGUGGCCAACAAUGUCAGUGUUUUCUAUCGUGUCUCGCCGCGCCAUAAGCUCGAGAUUGUCAAAUCGCUGCAACGCACUGGCAACAUUGUGGGCAUGACGGGAGAUGGUGUCAACGACGGGGUUGCCCUCAAGAAGGCGGACAUUGGCAUUGCCAUGGGCAAGAACGGCACCGAUGUGUGCAAGGAGGCGGCUGACAUGAUUUUGGUCAAUGAUGAUUUCCACACCAUUAUCGCUGCCAUUGAGGAAGGCAAAGGCAUCUUCUAUAACAUUCGGAACUUUGUGCGCUUUCAGCUGAGCACUUCGAUUGCGGCAUUGGCACUGAUUGCCCUGGCCACGUUGAUGGACAUUGCCAAUCCGUUGAACGCGAUGCAGAUACUCUGGAUCAAUAUCAUAAUGGAUGGGCCGCCGGCCCAGUCGCUGGGCGUAGAGCCCGUGGAUCAUGAUGUGCUCAAGCAGAAGCCGCGCAACGUCAAACAACCGAUGAUCACCAAAUCCGUGGUGGUCAAUGUGCUGCUCAGCGCCAGCAUAAUUGUGCUGGGCACAUUGUGGGUGUUCCAGCGGGAGAUGGCCGAUGGCACGUUGGGCAAAACGAAGCGGGACACGACCAUGACAUUCACUUGCUUUGUGUUCUUUGACAUGUUCAAUGCGCUCUCCUGUCGCUCGCAGACGAAGAGCGUCUUUACCAUCGGGCUGACCACCAAUCGGAUGUUCCUGCUGGCCGUUGCCUUCUCGAUCAUUGGCCAAAUGCUGGUCGUUUAUUUUCCACCGCUCCAAAUGGUAUUCCAAACAGAAGCGCUCACCGCCUACGACAUACUCUUUCUGGUCACGCUUACCUCCUCUGUGCUGAUCGUCUCCGAGAUAAAGAAGUGGUUCGAGCGCUCCCUGGAACGCAAAAUGUACAGCACCCGGUCCGAGUUGGACUUUGUAUGACAAAACGCAAGCGCUAGAGCUGAGUUGCACCCAAAAGCCGAGUAAAUUAAAAAAUUAACAAACAAAAAAUCACAAAAAAAUAGCAAAACUAUGCAAAAACCAAGUGAGGAGCGUGGCAGCGUGAACGGGGGAGAGAGCGGGAGAGAAAAUGAGCGACAAUUCAGCGAAAAGUGUGUUUAAUUUUACAUUUGACUUAGUCAGCGCCAGAAAACCAACAUCAACUUAGCAGCAACAAACAAACUUAAAUUGAAACAAAAGGAAUUCAAAAACGACAGAACAACAAACCCAGAACCAGAUAAAUGACAAAACAAUGGAAAUUCAAAUUCGUUAAAAUCUUGUGAUCCCGCCAAUUCCAAUCGAUUUCGUAUGUAUCUAUUAGUAGAAAAAUGUAAGCUGGAAAUUA